AUGGGUGUUCAAGUUCUCAGUCCCCAGAAUUGCCUCAAAGAUUCUCUCUCACCUCAGCAAGCGCUGAUGAAUUCCAAUCGAAACCCUAACCCUAAUCGGGUCAGAACCUCUCCCCAAACCGACCGGAAGAAGCGAAGGCCGACCCGGCCCAACAACAACCCACCCGCUCCGGUCCAGAAACCCGCCGCCCCCAAGAAUAUCGUCAUGGGCCAGGUCAAAAUCCUAAAACGCGGCAAGGAAAUCCCCAAAGCGACGCCGGUUCGGUCACCACCGAAGCAGAAUCCCAAACCCCAGGUUCCGGAUCUCGGAUCCACCAGCCGGAUGGGUCCUGACCCGAAGAAGGUUCCGGUUCUUCCGAAGCCGGCCAAACUACCGGAACCCAACUGGGCUUCCGGGUUCUACGCCGGGUCGUCGUCGUGUAUAGCUGCGCCUCCCCCGGAGUCCCUACCUCUGCCGUCGUUCUUCGCAAAGAAGAGCGCCCCUUCGAGAACCGAUGAAGCUGCAAGCGUGCUGCUGAAGCUUCUGCGGCUCAAUUUGUCGUAG